AGCGGAACUUGUUGUAGAGUCUCAUGUUUUGCGCGCAGGCAGAGACAGAGAAGGUCUUCAUAACUGAAAGCUGUUGAACAUCUGAACCCAGUAUUUGGUCCCACCUGUGCUGAUAUCAUUCAUUUGCUGCUGGCUUCAUAACUAGACAGCAUGGAGCAGAACAACAGCUUGCCCCCAUUUGCACAAGGUUUAGCAUCUCCUCAGGGGGCUAUGACACCUGGUCUCCCCAUCUUUAGCCCAAUGAUGCCAUAUGGUACAGGGCUUACACCACAACCAGUGCAGAACACAAACAGUUUGUCAAUCCUAGAGGAGCAGCAGAGGCAGCAACAGCAGCAACAGCAGCAGCAAGCGCAGCAGCAAGCCUCUCAGCAGCAGGGUGGGAUAGUGGGAGCAUCAGGCCAGACACCUCAGCUGUACCACUCACAGGCAGUUUCCACUACCACAGCACUGCCAGGCAACACCCCACUCUACAACACUCCUCUGACCCCUAUGACGCCAAUCACACCUGCCACACCUGCCUCAGAGAGUUCUGGCAUUGUCCCCCAGUUACAAAAUAUUGUGUCAACGGUGAACUUGGGUUGUAAGCUUGACCUGAAGACAAUAGCACUCCGUGCCAGGAACGCUGAGUAUAAUCCUAAGCGUUUUGCUGCCGUCAUUAUGAGAAUACGAGAACCCAGAACAACAGCUUUGAUUUUCAGCUCAGGCAAAAUGGUGUGUACAGGAGCCAAGAGUGAGGAACAGUCCCGUCUGGCAGCCAGGAAGUAUGCCAGAGUAGUUCAAAAACUGGGUUUCCCUGCCAAAUUUUUGGACUUCAAAAUUCAAAACAUGGUUGGAAGUUGUGAUGUAAAGUUCCCAAUUCGACUGGAGGGCUUGGUUCUUACCCAUCAGCAGUUCAGCAGUUAUGAACCUGAAUUAUUCCCUGGGUUAAUUUACAGAAUGAUCAAACCCAGAAUUGUCCUUUUAAUAUUUGUUUCUGGCAAAGUUGUUCUCACUGGUGCAAAAGUCAGAGGUGAAAUCUAUGAAGCGUUUGAAAAUAUUUACCCUAUCUUAAAAGGAUUCAGGAAAACAACAUAGUUGUAUUUGGUUGCACCUUCCCUAUUGUCUCUGUUCGGCAGAACUGAGUCUAUUUAGACUUCGGUUCUUCUAGUUUUGUUUUAAUUAUAUGUAAAUAUGGACUUAUUCUUUUCACUUUCAGUGAAUGCAAAUAACUUUUAUUACUUUUUAAUUUUUUAUUCAGCAGUUGUUGUGGCUGUCAUGGUCCACAUUCUUAAAUGAGUCCUUUACUGGUUUUAAUGUUUCUGCCAUCUGUUUGUACAUUAUGCCACACAUUCCUUUAAUAAACCGGCUGAUUAUUUCUUGGAGUUCCUGAGAGGUGUCACAUUGUCAAAUUACAAGCAAAGUGUUAGGAUCGCAGUUACGAUUACUUUGGACCAAGAGCAAGUAAGCUGUUGGUGAGAUGAUGCACUGAUCUUGUUUGAUUAUUGAAACCUGAUUUUGGAUAUAGUUGAAGGCCGAUGUUUUGUGUAUUGGGUCUGAAUGCAUAGGUUUUUUUUGUUUUGUUUUGUUUUUUUUCUUGUCAUGUCAUUUCAAUGUGAUUUACUUCACAAAGGCUUUACUUAGUAUUACCAGUAAUGGCAUUCAAAGAGUACAGAAACAUUUUAUUCAGACUUAUGCUAAAGGUUCUAGCCCUUCAUUUACUGUAUAUUCAUGCAAGUUUUGGGAUGGCAAAGAGCCUGGGGUUUGGUUUUGUGCAACUAUACAUCUGCUUAUUAUUUGGAUGCCCAGCCCCUUGGAAAGCACUGCUAAUGUAACUUUAUGCCUCAAUUGAUUUGCUUUGAGACAAAGGCAAAUAAAUAUCUUAUCCAUUU